GCAUCUUGUGCGUGGUGCUGGUGGGCGUGUGGAUCGGGAUCUACCGCGGGGGCUUCGGGUGGCGGGCCGAGCCGGUGCUGCAGUUCAAUUGGCAUCCGUUCCUCAUGGUCUUAGGGAUGGUGUUUCUCUAUGCGAAUGGGGCCCUAGUGUACAGAGGCUUCCGGUCGGAGAAAAAGAAGAAGCUGAAGAUCAUCCACACGCUGGUGCAGCUCGGGACCUUCAUCUUCUCCGUGGUUGGCAUCGUGGCCGUGUUCGACUUCCACAACGCCAAAAGCAUUUCCAAUAUGUAUAGUCUGCACUCCUGGGUCGGCCUGUGUGUGGUCAUACUAUUCGCCUGUCAGUGGUUGUCGGGCCUUCUGACGUUCCUUUUCCCAGGCUUGCGACCUUCUGUCAGGGCUGCUUAUUUGCCUGUACAUCAGUUUUUUGGACUUGCAAUAUUUAUUGGUUCUGUAGCUUCCUGCCUUCUAGGCUUGACAGAAAAGGCAUUCUUUUCAAUGCCAGCCACGGAGCUAAAUGGCUACAGCACCUUCCCACCUGAGGGCAUCUUAAUCAACGUCAUCGGCAUUUUGCUGAUCUUCUUCGCUGGAUUAGUGGUCUAUCUGAUGUCCAACUCGCAGUUUCGCCGGCAGACUUCUGAAGAUGAGGUGUUGCUCACAGAUACUGUCCUUGAGUAACUGAGCAUUCACAUGUCUAUAAAAGGGCAUAUUAUUAGAUAAGCUUAAUCAGUAGGUUAGAAGUUAUGGUGAUAAUACCAAGUAUCGCAAGGUAUUCAGAUUUUGUGUUCAUAUAGGUAGGUGUUUUGGGAAAGCGUCAUAUAUCUCAUGUCAGAAUUUAGCAAAAGGGGAAUAUUUAACGAAGAUUCAACUUCUAAUAGUUAAUCAACAAAGAAAUAGAAAUAAUAUAGUUGUUUUGUAAA